AUGACGGACUCAUUAUUAAAAACGGUAAGAACUUUUAACUUAAAGAUACUGUCGAAGUACGACUAGAAACAUUUUAUUUUAAAAAUUACAUUUCAUAAUGAUACAAACAUUCUGCAUGUCUAACGGAGAAGACGUAUUUUACCAAAACCCAUUAAAACUACAACGCGCUUUUCUAAUUUAAGCCUAAACGGGUCGAACCUUAUGUUAAAGCGGAUGUCGCUGAUCGUGCCUGAUCUUGAGAUUAAAAUAACUAAAAAAUAAGAAGCUUUGCUAAGCUCAAACCUAAUAAACUUUAACCUAGAUUUAAAGCUAUACCUAAGCCUUUGUCUAUAAUUAAACUUAAGCUUAGUUUUAAACAUAAGCCUAAGCUACCUUAAGAUUUAAGAGUAAUCCUAAGGUUGAGCUCAAGCCUAUACUUGCGUUGAAGCCCAGGUCAAAGCCUAAGCCUACUAAGCCUAAGCCUAUUAAGCUUAAACCUACUAAGCCUAAGCCUACUAAGCCUAAUCCUACUCAGGCUUAGCCUAUAAAGCUUAAUUCUACUAAGACUAAGCUUACUAAGCCUAAGCCUACUAAACCUCUGCCUACUAAGCCUAAGCCUACUAAGCCUAAGCUGACAAAGCCUAAGAAUACUAAGCCUACUAAACCUCAGCCUACUAAGCCUAAGCCUACUAAGCCUAAGCUCACUAAGCCUAAUCAUACUAAGAGUAAACCUACGCCUUAGCCUAAACAAACUAUAAAACAGAAUAAAAUAGACAUUAAAACUACCUAAUGCCAAUCAAUUUCAGACAAUAUUAUCCAUCUUCGCGGCCCUCUCAAUCGCCUUCUGUGCCACAUUUGCUGGUCAAUUCGCACAAGAAGCCCUAACAAUCGAUGAAACAACAUUCUUUGCUUCAUACUUUCUAACAUACCUCAAUACCAUGUUCAUGUUACCAUUAUAUCCAUUGUUUUUACUUGGCAGAGUUUUCAUUUUCAAAGAAAAAGCGGCCGAUGUCAAUCGGAAUGCAUUCAAAAUUUGGAAAAAUGAAAAAGUAAGGUGAAUUUUUAAUUUUUUUCAUUAGUAAGAGGCUCAGAUUGCUGUAAUUUAAAAAUUUUUGAAAAAUUUAGAAAAAAAUUUUAGCCGGACUCAUUCACAAAAAAAAAUUUUUUUUUGAAAACUUUGGCUUGAAAAAUGAAAAAUUGCAAGUUUUUUGCCAUUUUUAAUUAAUAUAAAACCAAAUUUCCAGGGAAAAAGGUACCCAAUGUACUACAUAGCACCAGUAGCCGUAUGUGUACUAUAUGGAUGGGUAGCACCGAACUAUAUCUUCGCUGUCGCUUUGAAAUUUAUAUCAGUAUCAGCAGCCGUCUCAAUAAAGAGUUUGAAUGCUGCUUUAGUGUUCCUACUGUCAGUGGUUUGGCUGAAAUCAGCUUUUAGCUGGUUUAAGGUGGGUUUACUGCAGUAGUAUAGAAUAAUACAAAAAUGCCAUUUUUGAUUAAAUGUAGUUGGCGAUAUCAAAAUAAAAUUUAAAAAAUGAAUUUCAGGGCUCUGGAGUACUCUUUAGUAUAGCAGGCGUCGUGAUAGUAUCAUUAAACGAUGAAUUCACUGGUAGCUUAACUGGAGUACUAUUUAUGUUGCUAUGUGCCACUAUUAUCGCUAUGUAUAACGUAAGUCAUAACCUAGCCUCAGCCUAGCCUAACCCCUAACUUAAGCCCUUGCCCUAGCUUUAGCCCUUGCCCUGUACUUUUACUGUAAUUUUUAGGUCUGUGUCAAAAAAAUCUUUGGAGACCUAAACCUAGGCCAAGUGUUAUUCUUUUUGUCAUCUCUAGGCCUAACCGAUGUGAUUGUCAACACGAUACCAACCUUUUUGAUGGUAUAUUUUGAUGUGGAACGUGUCGUAUGGAGCAAAAUACCAUGGCAGCCAGUUAUUUGCAACUUAAUCAUGGCUUCUUGUAAGUAUGCAAAAACUUUGUUUACAAACCAUAAAAUGGCAAGAACUUUCUUUACAAACUUUAAAUUUUUUAAAUUUUAGUAUAUAACAUCUCGGUAAACUUUGGUAUAGCGUUACUGAACCCUUUAGUGGUGUCAAUCGGUAUUUUGGUAGCCAUUCCAGUUAGUGCAGGUAAGUUUUCAUUUACUUUCUUUGCAAAACAAAAAAUGGCAAUAACUUUUUUUUCCAAGGCAAAAAUAGCAAAAACUUUCUUUCCAAGUCAAAAAAAUUGCAAAAACUUUCUUUGAAAAUCCAAAAAUCGACCAAUUUUAGCGGUCGAUAUUCUAUUCCAUGGCCUGCAAGCCGGAGUGCAAGUAAUGAUAGGUGGCCUACUCAUCUGUAUCGGCUUCUUACUCAGUACACUGCCAAUCGACGAGUGGAGAAAACCAAAACCUCACCCUAUUAAUCAGGACUUCUAA